GAACGGAACUAGUGUAGUAGGUACCAUGUCUGGGGACUGUCGAAGGUUAUUAUAGGUCAGAGACGUUGCUGAUUCACGAAUGUUAAUCAAGUUUAGUAGGUAUACUCCAUUUAUAUUACGACCCUACUUUAUAAACUGUUAGAGAAAUUAGUUACAAAGCAAACACGUGAGCAAAUUGUUAAGCGUGUAGUACGCGCAAUGGUAAAUUGACUGUUAUUAAAGUAACGACAAUGAAUGGCAGUGCACGUUUCGCUAGACGAAGUUCUACGCAAACAAAUACCGUUCCAAAAAAAAAGAAAAACCAGAUCUACACGUUGUUGUGGAGCUGUUGCUUAUUUUUCGCGAUUUUGUGCGCGUGUUUACUGGCGGCGUUAGUGCUAAUCGGAAAAUCUUUAUACUUAAAACGUAGUGUGUUCGUGGAAGAUGUGCCGAUAGCAAAAAAUGUCAUCAAUUUUCGGUUACCGAACGACACAGUGCCAAUUCACUAUGACCUAACCUUCGAACCAAACCUCCAAAAUGGAACUUUUGAUGGACACAUUAACAUAACUUUAAAAAUUGAAAGGGCAAGAAGAAGUGUGGUUGUUCAUAGCAAAAACUUAACAAUCGAUCAUGUGAAGUUACUUCGGCCAAAUAGUUCUGCAGGGCUGACCAUAACUAAUUUGGACAUUAACGAAGAUUUGGAGACCAUAACUGCCAACACAAGCGAGGAGCUCUUGGCGGGUACCUACUACUUAUAUUUUAAGUUUAAAGGAAGCAUGUUAAACAAGUUGGUGGGCCUUUACAAAAGUGUUUAUACAGACUCUCUAUCAAAUGAGACCAGACCUAUCGCCACUUCAAAGUUUGAACCGACCUAUGCCCGCCAAGCUUUUCCAUGUUUCGAUGAACCAAAUAUGAAAGCCAAAUACACCGUCAAUAUUUUAAGACCAAAUGUUGACAACUACAUUGCGUUAUCGAAUAUGCCUCAAAAAGGGGAAACUCCAACGGAGAAUGGUGUUAUGGUUCACUUCGCGGAGAGCAAAUACAUGUCCACCUAUUUAUCUUGCUUUAUAGUGUGCGAUUUUAUCAGUAACAAUGGUGUAAUUAAGUCGGAAGGCGGAGAACUUAUUCCAUUGAGAGUGUUUUCGACCCCCGCCCAAAUCAACAAGACUGCGUUUGCAUUAGAUGUCGGAUCGAGCGUAAUGGAAUACUUCAUCAAGUACUUUGGUAUUCCUUACCCGCUUCCCAAGCUAGAUUUAAUUGCAAUUCCCGAUUUUAUCUCAGGCGCCAUGGAGCAUUGGGGUUUAGUUACAUUUAGAGAAACUGCUUUGCUGUUUGACAACAAAAUAAGCUCGGCAAAAAAUAUGCAGCGCGUGGCUAGUGUAAUUGCGCACGAAUUAGCUCACAGUUGGUUCGGAAAUUUGGUGACGAUGAAUUGGUGGAAUGACUUAUGGUUAAAUGAGGGAUUUGCGUCCUACAUACAAUUUAAAGGCGUUAAUUUCCGAUUUAAAGACUGGCAAAUGAUGGAUCAAUUUUUGAUCGAUACUUUACAUUCAGUUAUGUCAACAGAUGCAACUCCUGCAUCACAUCCCAUAGUAAAAACCGUAGAAACUCCCGAUCAAAUUACCGAAAUUUUUGAUGCCAUCACUUACAACAAAGGGGCGUCGGUGCUUAGAAUGCUAGAUCACGCUAUCUCCGAAAAAGUAUUCCAAAAGGGGGUGACAAAUUACCUACUAGCACAUAAGUGGGGAAACGCCGUUACGCAAGACUUGUGGGACGAAUUACAAAAACUGGUACCAGAAACAACAAAUAUUACUGAUAUCAUGAGCACUUGGACUGUUCAAAUGGGAUAUCCUAUAGUGACAGUAAAUGAAAAUAAUGAUACCUACGUUUUGACUCAGAAACGGUUUUUAAAAGAUUAUUCGAAACCUGGAAAUGUCAGUUCGAUAUAUGGGUAUAAGUGGAGCAUUCCUAUCACAUACAUUACCGAUAAAGGCAUUAGUCAGACGAAUACAAUUUGGUUUAAACACGACCAGUCUAACCUAAAAAUAAAAAAGCCUGAAGGAAUACGUUGGAUCAAAUUUAAUCACAACCAAGUAGGCUAUUAUAGAGUUAACUACAGCCCAGCUUAUUGGAAUGUACUUGCUAAAAAUAUAAAGGACAUGACCAUAUCUGAUAAAACACAUUUGAUUGAAGAAUCGUUCAGUAUUGCCGAAAGUGGAGAUUUGUCAUACAGUAUUCCAUUGGAAUUAACAAAGUACUUAGAAAACGAGACUAAUUACAUUCCUUGGAGCGUCGCUUCUUCAAAAUUAGGAGGUCUGAAGAAGUAUCUCGUCGAUACAUUGGAUUUUCCACACUAUAGCCGAUACAUGCUUAAUUUGGUUGAACCCGCCUAUGUCGCUUUAGGAUGGAACGAGAAACCAGAAGAUUCGCACUUAACGAGGAGAGCUCGAGUCAUUAUCUUAAAUUUUGCGUGCGAAAACGGCCAUGCGGAAUGCCUAAAAGUUGCAAAAACUAAGUUUCUUUCAUGGCUCAACGAUCCGGCCAAUAACCCAUUAUCGCAAAAUUUACGUGGAAUUAUUUACUAUCACGGUUUAAAAAAUGCUGGUCAAGAAGAAUGGUUUAAGUUACUGGAAUUACUCAAAAAGGAAAUUGACGCCAAUGAAAAGUUGAACAUGCUUCACGCCCUGGCGGGAGUUAAAGAAGCGUGGCUUUUACACCAUUUAAUUCAACUAGGAACCAUAGAGGGUCAAAACCAAGUCAUCAGGGGCCAAGAUUACUUUACUGUUUUACAGUCCAUUGCAGAAAACCCCAUCGGUACAGCUUUAGUGUGGAAUUACGUGAGGGAAAAUUGGCCGUACUUGGUAAAGAGGUUCACUCUAAAUGAUCGUUUCUUGGGACGUUUAAUUCCGGAAAUCACGAAAACGUUUACUACCAAAAUUAAGCUUGAUGAGAUGGAGUCUUUCUUUGCGAUUUACCCUAACGCGGGUGCUGGGACUGCAGCACGGGAACAGGCUCUUGCUACUGUCAACAACAAUAUAAAGUGGAUCUCUAAAAAUCGAGAUGACGUUGUCAAAUGGAUGAGACAACAAAAUUCCGCCAGCCAUGAGAGUUAAUUUGUUGUAAAAAAUAGUUUAAUAAAUUUUUCAGUUUUGUAAA